AAACGCUCCUUUCCCAGUUUCAUUGAAUGUGAUCUGACAUUUCUUCUACAGUACCGCUCCACUUUCCUGUUCUACAACAUGUCUGCUCUACAGACAGCUCUGCUUGGGAUUCCACUACUAUGGAUGCUGAAACGAGUUUUCUUCUCCUACUUGUGGCAGGACUUAAAGUUCUUCUUUAGAGCAGCUGUCUAUGGUCGGAAGUUAGAUAAGGAACUUCAGCGCUGCCCCUAUUUUGGCAUGGUGGAUAUUUUUUUGAAACAGGUGUCCAUAAGACCAGACCAGACAUUUAUUUUUUACCAAGACCAGUCCUAUACCUACAAGGAGAUAGAUCUGAAAAGCAACCAAGCGGCAUGGGCUUUGCAGCAAUAUGCAAAGCUGACAAAAGGGGACUGUGUUGGUAUCUUCAUGAGUAAUGAGCCGUCAUAUGUCUGGCUUUGGUUGGCACUAGCUAAACUAGGAUGCCCAAUGGCUUGUCUGAACUACAAUAUACGUUCUAAAUCCUUUCUUCAUUGCUUCAAGUGCAGUGGUGCAAAAGUGCUUAUUGCUGCUCCAGAACUGAAGAAAGCUGUGGAGGAAGUGUUACCUGCUCUGGCAGAGGAAGGAGUGCUGGUGUUUUACCUGAGCAGAGAUUCUGCCACUGAUGGAGUUCACAGUCUACUUGAUAAAGUGGAAGCUGCUUCUGAAGAGCCAGUUCCUCGAUCUCUUAGAUCAGAUCUUACUGCAAAAUCACCAGCUUUGUAUAUAUACACAUCUGGAACUACAGGUCUCCCUAAGGCAGCAGUUAUAAAUCAAGCACGUCUUUUGAUAAGCUCUUCGAUAAGUACUCUAGCUGGAGUUACAUGCAAGGAUGUAUUGUACAUACCACUGCCUUUGUACCACAGCGCUGGACUUAUGAUUGGGGUUCGUGGAUGCAUACAGCAAGGAGCCACUUGUGUUAUCAGAAAUAAAUUCUCAGCCAGUCAGUUCUGGAAUGACUGCAGGAAAUACAAAGUAACGGCUUUCCAAUACAUUGGGGAGAUACUCCGAUAUGUAUGUAACACUCCUAAGAAGGACAAUGACAAAGAUCACUGUGUGCGAAUUGGUGUGGGGAAUGGUCUCCGACCCGAUGUCUGGAAAGAGUUUAUACAUCGUUUUGGUGAUAUGAAAUUAUGUGAAUUUUAUGCAGCAACAGAAGGAAAUGCUUUCUUCUUAAACUACUCUGGAAAAGAAGGAGCAAUUGGCAGAUGUAAUAUGUUCAUGAAGUUUGUUCGACCUUUUGAACUGAUCAAAUACAAUGUAGAAAAGGAUGAACCAGUUAGAGAUGCAUCAGGGCACUGCAUCCGAGUACCAAGAGGUGAGACUGGGCUGCUAAUCUCAAAAAUUACUAUUAUCAAUCCUUUUGCCGGAUACGUAGGAGAUGAGUCUCAGACUGAGAAGAAGAGACUUCGAAAUGUAUUUGAAAAGGGAGAUUUGUAUUUCAACAGUGGAGACUUGCUGAUGUUUGACAAAGAAGGCUUUGCGUAUUUCCAGGAUCGUAUAGGAGACACAUUUCGCUGGAAAGGAGAAAACGUGGCAACUACUGAAGUGGCAGACAUUGUAGGAAUGACAGACUUCAUUGACGAGGCUAAUGUUUAUGGUGUUCCGGUGCCUUAUCAUGAAGGGAGAAUUGGAAUGGUAUCUAUCAAACUUAAGGAAGGACAGUCAUUUAAUGGGGAGAAGUUGUACAAACAAGUAUCUGAGUAUUUACCUACCUAUGCAAGACCUCGUUUUGUGAGAAUUCAAGACACCAUGGAAGUAACAGGAACAUACAAGCAACGCAAAGUUGAACUGGUCAAAGAGGGUUUCAACCCACUCACCAUUAAAGAUCCACUUUAUUUCUUAGAUGAUUCUAUUGAGCGAUAUAAGCCAAUGGAUUCCAUGAUUUACAAUGCCAUUUUGGAAAAGAGAUUAAAAUUGUGAUAUGAUAAACUAAAUAGAUUAAAUGAAUAAAGAAUCUGUUGCAAGGGAAUUGGAAAAAGAAACAGAAUAAAGUGUAUACUGUUCUGAACUUCUGAUAAAACCUUUUUUAGUUAAUACAUUAGGAAUAUUCCCCUAUUGUAGUGAGAUAGAACACAAGCAGAUUGGAUCUGUACGAUUUCAUUGGUGGGUUACUUCAUUCCUAUCAAAUCAUUCCAGUCAUGUUUUCCACCAUGGGAAAUGUACAGAUAAACUGUUGUGUGUAUUUGUAUGGUGUUUUAUGAUCAAUGGCUGAUGAAAAUAUGCUCACCCCAUGGGAGUAAUUAUAAGGCAUUGUAACAACAGUAAAUCUCCAAUUUAUUUCUAAAGUAAACAUUUUUACCUAGUGUUGCACUGGCACAUCGGCCAUGAUUAUAAUUUAAACACCUGCACUCACACUUCCAAGAACAUAACAAGUGUUAUUCAGUCAAGUUCAAUUAAGUUCAAAAGUGUAGCUGCAAAAAUAUUGUGAGAAUAACCAGGCAAACAGGAUGCCUAAGCCUUCAGCUUCAUUGAACAAUGUUUGCUAAAUAAAUUAGAAGUUGUUUACAAAGAUCAUUUUUCUAUUAUGACAAACUUGAUUGGAAAGAUUUA